UUUAUCUCUUUUGUAUUUCCAAGAGCCAAAGGCUCAAACCUGAGAAAAUAACGUGGAGGAAGCCCUUCUCAUCCACUUACAGUGGUGAAAGGCAAAGUCUUCACCCUGCAGAUAUUUUGCCUGUACAAGAAUAACAAGGAAACACUUGGGCAGUAUAUUUUGCUGUUAUCAUCCUCAGCAUACUUGAAUGCAUUGCACUGCUGGUCUACUUGUUACCUAGAGCACGUGGGCACAGAAUCAGAGUUAUCGGUGCUGUCAGCAUCUCUGCCAGCAAACGCAUUUUUGCAAGCAGUGCCAGCUCCCAUUUCUUGGAAGACUUGCUCAAUGAAGGCUCGGCUUCCGGUGACAUGCAGCGAACUUGCAGGAAGGCCUCAUAUGGGAGGUGUCCCUGGGAUGAGCCUGACCCUUAUCUUGUGAGCCAGCUGCAAGGGGAUUAUUCGGGGGUUCAGCUAUGCAGCUGCAAACACUCCUGCACUGACUGGACUGUCUUAAGACUUUUCUCUUGUGUUGUAAAGCCAGCAAGAAAGCAAGGAUUGAUCUGCCUUGAUCUUUGUAGUCCAAAAGUCUGUGGUGUCUACUUGCCUGAUCUCCACCUCACCCACUCUCAGUGGGGGAGUGUUUGCAGGUGAAGAUGAACAGAGGGAUUCUCUUCUUGCCCUUCCUUGGCUUCCUCCCACUUGUGAUACCUACAUGCCCUCUGCCAUGCAAAUGUGCCACCAACAUUAUUGACUGCACGUCAAAAAGCCUAACUGUAACAAAACUACCCGUUGCUUUCCGGCCAUCAGCUGAAAUUAUCAACCUUGCUUACAAUAGUCUCACCUCUAUUCCCAAUGGGCUCUUUGACAACCUAAAGAACCUCCAGACAGUCCACUUGCAGGGCAACCCUUGGGAAUGCAACUGUGACAUCCUCUAUUUGCGCUCCUGGCUCCAGUGGCAGCAGAACCGGACCUUUUACAGGGAUGUGAGAUGUGCUUCCCCAGCUCACCUUCAGGACCGGAUCAUCGCUUAUCUGACAGAAGACGAGAUCAUUUCCACGUGCCAGCACUGGUACUGCACCCUGGCUCUCCUCUCUCAGCUCUUUUUGUUCAUUCUCCUUUUAGUCCAGGCUAUCUUGGUCAUCUUCAUCAUUCUCUACCUGAGGAGAUUUCGGAGAAUGACUGCUGAAGCCCGGAGUACCACCCAAGAUCUACACCAGCAUGCAGAUACCUGGCCCCUACAACAGUGAUUGACAUCAGCAGAGUGAGCGUCCCUGUCCCCCUUGGAUGUUGCUAUGCCAAAGCCACGUGGGUUGUGAUACCCAGAGGGGACCGUUUUGUGCAGCAUCUGAUCCUGACUGCAGUCCAGAGCAGGACUUGGAACUGAUCAGGCACUUGCUGUGUUUCCAAAGAGCAGAUCUUUUGCUUCUUAAUGUUUUUUUUUUGUUUGUUUGUUUUUUUUUUAACUCUUCAGCAUGAUCUUCAUUGCUUUUCUGAACUGGAAGUAAAUCUGGUUUGGUAGACUAUGGAAACCAUAAAGUACAGCAACCAGAACUGACUCAAAUGGCUCACAAGCUUUUAGGGGCUGCAGCGCUUGGUCCCUCCUGUGCUAGUGUAUUUCAGCUGUGCUUUCCACGAUGCUUGUGGUUGCACUGGGUCAGGCCAGGACAGAGGUGGAUGGUGAACUGGAUACUGGACUAGGACAACAGAGAAAUACGCUUUCCUUGGUGCUACCACUGAAUGCUUUGGUAACUCUGGACAAGCGACUUAAGUCUUCUCCUGCCUCAGUUUUCCAUCAGUUAAACAGAAAGGAUGUUUUUUCUUGCCUUCUUCUUGCCUCAUGCGUAUGUUUUAUUCUUCUGUGGGAGAGAGGGGGAACGUUUAAUAGCCUACCCGUUUACCCCAUCUUCAUUCUUUUUAAUCUACUGCUAGUGUUAAUGCUGACUUCAGCUGCCCUGAGUCAGAGUGGGCCCCAGUGUUCCUGAGAAAUCCCCCCCAGGCCCGGAGCUGUGGCACCAGAGGCUCCUCGGGACCAUGUUGGCGCUGCCCCUGUCCCCACAGAGACAUGCUUGUUGGGGCCUCCAGCUGCAGAACCCAUUAACGUGCCCACUGCCGGUUAUUAUGCCUCAGAUAUUUUUUGUAACGAAGCAAAACUGAAAU